AUUUAGUUAAGUCGGCUGAAAAAGUUAAAAUAAUAAAUAUUUUUGUAGGUAAUAACAAAAUAAGCAAACAAAAAAUUACGAUAAAAAGGUGGGAAAAAUAAGCUCUGUCUCACACAGCAUUAUCCAAAACUCAAAAUUACAGCGUUGAAACAGAAACCGAUCUCGUCGCUGAUUCUCUUUUCUUCGGAUCCUUCUAGAUAAUGGCUCGAUCUUUCUCUCGUUCACUUUCUCUAUCCAAAGGCCGUUUCGCCGCCGCGUCAUCCUCUCUCCUCCCUUCGUCGCACCUUGUUUCAUUCCGAUCUCAAUCUUCCGAUCGUCGGGGAGAUCUGUACGAGAUUGAUACCUCCGCGGCUUCUCAAUCGCCGUCGGAUCCUUUAAUACAGAAGCUAGAAGACGCCGUUCACCGGAUUUUUGUGCGCCGAGCUCAGCCUGAUUGGCUCCCUUUUGUUCCUGGUGCGUCUUAUUGGGUCCCUCCUCCUGGAUCUGGAUCUCAGUCUCAUGGAAUCGCUCAGCUCGUUGUGAAACUCGCGAAUCCGUUAACACACGAAGAAUCUUUAUCUACCAAUUCUUCUCAUGGAUGGCCUUCCUCCGAUUAUUUCCUUAAAGGUUCUUAUUGGUCAUUCUCUCUCUGGUUUUUUAUGGAUAAAGCUUGGAUUGGAAUCUUCAAUAUGUUACUCAUGCUUUAGCUACCAACUAAAUUGAUUUUGAAAUUGAUCAAAUUUUUGUUGAAUGUAAGCAUUCAUAUGAUUUAACUAGUGGCAGGUUUUUGAUAUGUUGAUAAUGCUAUGUCAAUCGUAAAGUUAGUCAUUGCUCGAUGCUGUUACAGGUUCUGAAUGGGAGAUCAUUAAUAUGUGAUUAACAUUUUUGAGAAUCUUUAAUCAUAUAGGCAGUACUAGCGUCUUUGGUGGAACAGGUUCUUAACUAGUUGUGGUGUAUGAGAAUUGUUUGAUUGUUGGUCAUUCGUUGACAUAUGGUUUUUGUUUAUUGGGUUUAGGUGUUCAACCUCAAUUGAUGGAGACCAAGACCGAGACAACUUCAAAUUCCGAGUCUCACUCUGAGGACGAGGAAGUGUAAAAAUGACACUGCUUGUUUGGGCUCUUCAGGAUCUCUUGUCAAGACCAAGAGCUGCCGAAUUCGGACAACCAAGAGCAAGUGAAAAGACGUGAAAUAGAACGACCAUAUUUCUAUACCUGAUACCAAAAUGUGGAAUAUCGAAUAAGACUAGUGUUGUAGGCUUGUGUAGCAUGUCCCGCUGUUUCUCUUUUAAACAGUUGUUGUAUAUAUAUAUCUCUGUUUCCUUGCUCUUUCACUUAUUUAACAAAGAGUUCAUGUUAAUGAAAUUGGAAAUGAGGUACUCUU